AUGGCUCCAAAAGUUGCAAUUAUCACAUACUCGAUGUACGGACACAUCCACACCAUGGCCGAGGCCAUCAAGGAGGGUGUGGUUUCCGCUGGCGGUGACGCCACCAUUUUCCAAGUUCCUGAAACCUUGAGUGACGAGGUUUUGAAACUUAUGCAUGCUCCUGCUAAACCAGACUACCCAAUUGCUACCAUGGACACUUUGACCGAGUACGAUGCUUUCUUGUUCGGAAUCCCAACCAGAUUCGGUAACAUGUCUGCUCAAGUCAAGGCAUUUUGGGAUCAAACUGGUGGUUUGUGGGCCCUGGGAGCUCUCUACGGUAAGCCAGCUGGUAUUUUCGUUUCCACUGGAACCCCAGGUGGAGGUCAGGAAGUCACUGCUAUGACCGCUCUUACCCCAAUUGUGCACCACGGUAUGAUUUUCGUGCCUUUGGGUUACGGUCCAGCUUUCCCAUUGCUUACCAAUUUGGAAGAAGUUCACGGUGGUUCUCCAUGGGGUGCUGGAACUUUAGCCGGAGCUGACGGAUCCAGACAACCAACCAAGUUGGAGAAGGAGGUUGCUCACAUUCAAGGCAAGACCUUUUACGAGAAGAUCUCUAAGCUUCAGUAG